AAGCGGGGGCCUCUUCUACCAUCACCACCCCUAGAGGUGGGGGGCUGGGCCCUGGACUACCUGCUACUGGCGAACAAAGUCAGAAGCAACAUGUGGCACAGGCAAAACACGUGGCCUCAGAUGGGGAAGGGGGCUGGGUGCUCAGUGCUUGGAGACUGGGUCAUGUCUGCACCUGCCCCAGUUGCUUGGCAGAUUGGCAAGGCAGGCUGACAGGGCCUGUGUGCGUGGGAGGCAGCCAGCAGCAGUGCCAUGUGCUGACACCUCACAGCCAGACUCCCCCCCUGUUUAGUGCUGAGUGUUAGAACCACCCCCAGAACCUCAGUUAAGCAAAGGGGUUAGUUUCCAUGGAGACACAACAUCCUUUCUCCAUGGCAACCUGAAAUCCCAAAAUCCAAGUUAAGCUCGGGAAUGAGUCAUCUGCAACCAGUAGGGGGCACUCUCUCAAGGCUGACCCCAAGGCCUGGACAGGUGAGCAACUGAUUCUAGACUCAAAGGUGCCCUGAGGGUGAGGCUUGGACCUGUGGGAGGAGGCGGGCCCUGUUUAACCCUUUCCCUCCCACCUGUGUGGUUCGGGGCCGCUGGCAAGGCUGCGGGAAGCUCCCUGUGGAGGUGGCAGCCCCACAGCUGGGGUCCUUGGGGUGCCACUUGCAUGAGGAGGAUCCCUGCCCCCACCCCAAGGCUGGGCCUAGAACAGAGGAAGCGGGUACUGCCCAGGCUGAGUGGACACACAAGAGUUAACUGGCGGGGUGUGACAGGGCGCACCGCCCUCAGGAAGUGUUACUCACCGCCGGGAAUGUGAGUGCUCUUGCCUUGGGGGCUGGAUCGUCUUCCCGAGUCCUGGGAGAAACCAAAGGAGCUCCCCGCCAUGGAAACCCCUGGGGAGCCAGGAGCGGGCCCUCUCGGAGCCUCCACUCCAUCCAACUUCGCACCUGGGCACCUGCAGAGAGAAAAGCCAGCUCAGGACCCGCUGUACGACGUGCCCGAUGCCGGCGGGGGGCAGACAGGUGGGCCCCAGCAGCCGGGGCGCGCCGUGAGCCUGCGGGAGCGCCUGCUGCUCACGCGGCCUGUGUGGCUGCAGCUGCGGGCCAACGCCGCGGCUGCACUGCACGUGCUGAGGACCGAGCCCCCGGGGACAUUCCUGGUGCGGAAAUCUAACACUCGCCAGUGCCAAGCUCUGUGCGUGCGGCUCCCCCAGGCCAGCGGCCCCUCCUUCGUCUCCAGCCACUACAUCCAGGAAAGCCCUGGGGGCGUCUCCUUGGAGGGAUCUGAGCUCGUCUUCCCGGACCUGGUCCAGCUCAUCUGCGCCUACUGCCACACCCGGGACAUCCUCCUCCUCCAGCUUCAGCUCCCCAGAGCCAUCCGCCAGGCAGCCACCCAUAAGGAGCUAGAAGCCAUCUCCCAUCUGGGCAUCGAGUUCUGGAGCUCCUCCCUCAACACCAAGGCUCUGCCCGGCCCGUCUGAAGGCCCGCUGCUGCCCCGGCUGAAGCCCCGGUCCCCACAAGAACUGGACCAGGGCACCGGAGCCGCCCUGUGCUUCUUCAACCCCCUGUUCCCAGGGGAUCUGGGCCCCACCAAGCGGGAGAAAUUCAAGAGGAGUUUCAAAGUGCGCGUGUCCACAGAGACCUCCAGCCCCCUGUCUCCACCCGCCGGGCCUCCUCCCCCUGUGCCCGUGCUGCCAGGGGCAACCCCCAACCAGACAGAAAGGUCGGCCCCACGCCAGCUGCUGCGGAGGGAGAGCUCAGUGGGGUACCGUGUGCCAGGGGGCUCCAGUCCCAGCCUCCCGCCCCUGCCCUCCCUCCAGGAGGUGGACUGCGGCUCCCCCAGCAGCUCGGAGGAGGAGGGGACGCAGGGGCCCCAGGGGAGUCCCGCGACCUCACCCCGCCUGGGCCACAAGCGGCCUUUGCUUCGGUCCAUGAGCGCUGCCUUCUGCUCCCUGCUGGCACCCGAGCGACAGGUGGGCCGGGCAGCCGCAGCGCUGAUGCAGGACCGCCACUCGGCAGUGGGCCAGCUCGUGCAGGAUCUCCUGACCCAGGUGCGAGCCGGCCCCGAACCCCAGGAGCUGCAGGGUGUCCGUGAGGCACUGAACCGGGCCCGGGCCAUGCUGAGUGCAGAGCUGGGCCCUGAGAAGCUGCUGCCGCCUGACAGACUGGAACGUGUCCUGGAGAAGUCGCUGCAUCACUCGGUGCUCAAGCCCCUCCGGCCCAUCCUGGUGGCCCGCCUGCGACGCCGGCUUUCUGCUGAUGGCUCCCUGGGACGCCUGGCCGAAGGCCUCCGCCUGGCCCGAGCCCAAGGUCCUGGAGCCUUCGGAUCCCACCUGAUCCUGCCCUCCCCGGUAGAGAUGGAGCAGGUGCGCCAGAAGUUGCUGCAGCUGCUCCACAGCUACUCACCCAGCGCCCAGGUCAAGCGACUGCUGCAGGCCUGCAAGCUGCUCUACACAGCUCUGAGGAGCCACUUGGGGGAGGGUGCGGGCGCCGACGAGUUCCUCCCGCUGCUGAGCCUGGUCCUGGCCCAGUGCGACCUUCCUGAGCUGCUGCUGGAGGCCGAGUACAUGUCAGAGCUGCUGGAGCCCACCCUGCUCACUGGAGAGGGUGGCUACUACCUCACCAGCCUCUCUGCCAGCCUGGCCCUGCUAAGCGGCCUGGGCCAGGCCCGCACCCUGCCCCUGAGCCCGUCCCAGGAGCUACAGCGCUCCCUCAGCCUCUGGGAGCAGCGUCGCCUGCCCGCCACCCACAGCUUCCAGCACCUCCUCCGAGUAGCCUAUCAGGACCCCAGCAGUGGCUGCACCUCCAAGACCCUGGCCGUGCCCCCAGGGGCCUCAGUUGCCACCCUGAACCAGCUCUGUGCCACCAAGUUCCGAGUGACCCAGCCGGAAGCUUUCGGCCUCUUCCUAUACAAGGAGCAGGGCUACCACCGCCUGCCCCCUGGGGCUCUGGCCCACAGGCUUCCCACAACCGGAUACCUCGUCUACCGCCGCCAGGCAGAGCGGUCCGAGACACAGGGGGCCUCACUUGAGGCUGCAGCAGAGGACAGCAGCAGGGGGCCAGAGGCAGGGGGCAGGGAGGAGGAGAAAGGGGGCCAGGGAAAUGGGGACACCGAGGUCAAAGCCAGUCCCGGGGACAGCAGAGGAGAGUCGGAGACAACUGCCGAGUGGGACGAGGGCCAGGCCAGGGGGGGCCCUGCUCAGCCAGGGGUGCCAGAGGCUGAGGGAAGCCGGGCAGCCGAGGAGUAGCUGGAAGUGGCCGGAAGGAUCAUUUGGGGCUGAAAACUCUGAACCUGCUGAGAAGGCCUUUUAGAGCCAUUGCCCCACUGACCAAGGCCACAGCCCCCUUAGGCUUCCCUGUCCCUGGCUAUUCUUGUGUCUGCUACCACCGCCGUCUGAUGCUUACUACCACC